AUGAUCCGGUUAUUGGAGAGACCUCGAACCCGCCGACCCAUUCAAGACCUCGAACCCGCCGACCCAUUCAAAACCUCGAACCCGCCGACCCAUUCAAGACCUCGAACCCGCCGACCCAUUCAAAACCUCGAACCGACACCUUCUCAAAACCUCGAACCAGCACCCAUUCAAGACCUCGAACCCGCACCCAUUCAAGACCUCGAACCCGAACCCACUCAAAACCUCGAACCAGCACCCAUUCAAGACCUCGAACCCGCCGACCCAUUCAAGACCUCGAACCCGCCGACCCAUUCAAGACCUCGAACCCGCCGACCCAUUCAAAACCUCGAACCGACACCUUCUCAAAACCUCGAACCAGCACCCAUUCAAGACCUCGAACCCGCCGACCCAAGACCUCGAAGACAAAAUUAUAAUUCUUAA